AUGACACACAUUUACAAUAAGAGGUUUUUCUAUUUAUCAAUUCCAAUCUUCAUAUACUAUAUUCUACAUGUUUUAUAUGAUACAUGGUUACCCACAAAUUACAUUUUUGACCCGGUUGUGUUAAAUAGGUUAUCAAAUGAAGUCUUAGACCAACAUCCAGAAGGUAAUAUCACUUUGAUUUUUGAAGAUUUGGCUGUGCGUUUAAAAGAAGAAUAUGGUGAUUUCAUCAAUCCUUAUACCACUGACAAUGAUGAUUGGGUUUUCAACAAUGCUGGUGGUGCCAUGGGAACAAUGUUCAUCUUACAUGCUUCAAUUUCUGAAUAUGUGAUCUUUUUUGGAUCAGCUGUUGGUAACGAAGGACAUUCUGGGGUUCAUUUUGCAGAUGAUUAUUUUACCAUUUUGAAAGGUCAAGAAUGGGCAGCGCUUGAAGGAGCAUUUGAACCAGAAAUCUACAGACCAGGAGAAACUCACCUUUUGAAAAGAGGUCAAGUCAAACAGUAUAGUAUGAGACCUAGUUCAUUUGCGUUGGAAUACGCCCGUGGUUGGAUUCCAGCUAUGUUACCAUUUGGAUUUUUGGAUACUGCGUCAUCAACCUUAGAUUUUUACACAUUUUUCAAAACCACUUACCUCACCGGUUUAGACAUGGGUAAGAAUUUAUUGCGUGGUAAAUUCUAA